AUGGGGAUGCGCAACCUCCUGGCUGUUCCGCUCAUUCUGAGCCGAUGGGGUGCGAGCGUGGUCGCAGAGCAGAGCGGACCGGCCACUGUUACUCCCAUGACGGACCAGGCACUGUCCCUGUCAGUGGUCCAGGAGAUUCACCGCCAGCUCCAACGCGAGCUUCCAACGGGAGGGCACUUCGACACCCCCUUCAUAACCGCUGAAAAAUACGAGGUCUAUGCCCACGAGUGUCUCUCCAACCGGCUGGAUUACCUCCGCCGGAGCAUCACCUUGGAGGUGGAAGUCAACGAGGGCCAGCUCGAGGUCAACGAAGGGUCGAACCCCAUCACUUUCCAUAAGCCAGCGCCCACUCCAAAGACAGACAUCCCUGUCAAAGGAUGGAGUUUCAGAAAGGGCAGCGACCUUUCGAAGUCAGCCUUGCUGCGCAGCAGCUUCAACGACUUUAAGCUCCCACUGGCCGUUACGGGCCUCAACUCAACCAGCGAGGACCCGGCACAAAAGGGGCAUAUUUUGCCUCAGUCGUGGCGCACGUUUGUUUGCCCGGCGCAGCACGCCUGCUCGGUCCAGACCUGGACAUAUCUCGUGAGGUCGCACGGGCAUUGCACUGUCGUGCCCAUCUACCACGCCAACUGCACCAACCCACUCGCCCGAGUUCUCACCGGGGGGUGGGGAAGUUCCCUCAAAGUUCCAAUGGAACAGAUCAUAAACAACAACCAAUCCAUCGCGCUUGCAGCCCUCAAGGAGGCUGUGGCAACCUGGGAUCGUGCUGGGAGCCUCUACUACAGCGUCUCCAGGAAGGACGGGCGCUCGUUCAUCGUGCCCCUCCCGCUCAUCGAGCACGAAGGCGUCUGGCAUCCGACGCCGGAGCAAUACAACGUCCAGUACAGGUUCGAUGCGCCUUGCCACUACAGCUCCAUGCUGCGAACUCAGGAUGGUAAAGUCAUGAGCACCCAGGUGCUUAUCACACGAAGCCUCCUCGACGGCAACGUUAAACGUGGAGAGGUGGAGUCUGGAGACGACGUGGAGGACCUAGAGCGUCGGUUCAAUAUUACUGUAUUGGAGAAGAUGGAGAGGCUGCAUACCUAG